CUCUUCUCUUCUUCCAGUGUUUUCAUUCUUCUCUCAAAACGAUCCAUUUUGUCUCGUGUUUUUCUUAACCUGAAUUCUUUCAUUUUCUUUCUCCCUUUUUUCUUCUGAUUUGACUUGAAAGAAGCAAAACGCGAGCAAAACCUCUCCGAAUGCUGGACUUUCUACUCUCCCUGUGAAGCUAUAUAAGUCAAGCAAUUGGCUGAAUGUCAGUUCGUAAGGCAAGUUUACCUUUAAGGCAACACAAACACAACGAUAAACUGAAGCACAAUGCCGGCUGUUUCUUUUGGGUCAACCGAAGUGGUUUGCCACUGAAAGAAGAAACAUGGGAAAGAAUGUGGUCAUUUGCUGCCAAGCAACAUCCAGAUGGAGAGAACAUCAUUGAAAGCAUUAGAGUUCUUUGUGAUAACCUUCCAAAGAUUCCAUUUCCGACGUCAACCAUACAUUCUAAUAUGAGUGUCUACCAGAAGAUAAUUGAAAUCCAGAAAUACAUAGAAGCUCUUGAAUACAAUUAUACGGGGACACAGUUUUUCCAUAUCCAGAAGUCUAAACCUCUUUGCUUCUUAAUGGAAACAGCCAAAGAAAUCAUGAAGGAAUGCCUUCCAAUCAAAUGCCUCGAAGCUGUCAUUCUUGCUGUUUAUAUGACAAAUGGGAUUCCAACUCUUGAAAGGUUUUCAAUUGGGUUCAAGACAGUCUUCAAAACUGUGGAAUAUCGACAUGUUGUCUUGGGUAUCUACUACAAAGGGUCUUACGGUGCUCUUGGCAUGAGCCGGAGGGAAAAACUCAUGUACAAGCCACUAGUUUAUUCGAGUUUACAUGAAUUGAUAUUGAAUUACCAGAUGUCUUACAAAGACUAUGGUCACAAAAUGCUAAAACUUCACAUUGGUUUACCAAUUACCCAUAAUCCUACAUCAUGUAGAAGUAUAGUAUGGAAGGGAAUUGUCAUCAACAUGCAAAGCACGGAUCCAACCGAUCUCUUCAGGAAAGUUCAGAAACAUGCUCGUUUGAUUAGAAAAUCUGGAAGUCCAGGCAGAAAUGUACGCAAGUCAAAUAAUUUCUCACAACCAAAGAUUACCUUUCCUUGGCUGCCAGCAAAGAAAAACCCAAAAAGAACAACAGUUUAGAAGACAAACAAAAUUCACACACACACACACACAUACACAUAUACCUAUAUAUAUAUAUAUAUAUAUAUAUAUAUAUAUAUAUAUA